AUGAGUGGGCAUAAUCACAUAUUCUCUACUGAUGCUUCAACAUUAAAUAAACCACAAAAAUCUCCGGUGAAUAAUUUUAAUACAAAAUUCGAUGAAACAGAAGUAGAUAUAUUAAAUGAUGAAACAUUUGGUAAUUGUGAUUUCGAUGAAAUUAAAAUAAAAUCUGAUUUUGAUGAAAAUGGCCAAUUUCUUGGUAAUAAUUUACCGGAUUUUUUUGAUACAGAAUUAUCAACAAUAGAAGAUAUUGAUGAUCAAUCACAACAACCAUCGAUUGAUGCUUUACUUGGUGAAGAUUCAUUACAACGUGUAUCAUCUAUGUCCACGGGUUUUCAACAAUCAACAAUCAAUCCAUUAUUUGAUAUGGCUAUAACACAAGCAAAAUAUGAAAAUAUAUUUCUUCCACAAUUUCAAGAUUCACAACAAAUAAAUUAUUAUUUAAAACAAUUCGAAGAAAUAUUAAUGAAUCAAUCAAUAAAACGUGAUAUAUUCAAUACACAACGAAAUGAAGAUAUAUUUCCAUUGGCAACUGAUGAAUUGAAAGACGAAAUUCAUUUAACACCUAUGAAUAUUAAUAAUUCGCGUUCACAAUCACCAUCUUUUGGUAAUAGUGGAAUGUCAUCUCAAUUGAUGGAUGCAAUUCAACGAUCUGAUCAAAUUUCUAUUGUUGAUAAACAACAGCAUCGAACUAAUCAAUCAUUAUCAUCUCCAAUUCAUACAGCUGUUAGUUCAUCACCAUCAUUAUCAUCUUCUCAUCAUGAACGAAUACGACACAAUCGAUCAAUAAAAUAUUAUCCACGACCACCAAUUCUUAAUACAUGGCAAGGACGUGGUCUUAAUUAUGAUGCAUUUGCUGGUAUGAUGAGUGAUCGUGAAAAACAAUGGGUUGUUAAAAUUCAACUUCAUCAAGUAUCACAAACCGAAGACGAAGAUUAUUAUUUUCAUCAAUGGUCAAAACAAAAACAUAAUAAUCAAUCGAAACGUCAUCAUCAACGAGAACAAAAUAUUAGCUAUCCAGUAUUUCAAUUAUUAAAAUCAAUUGAACAAGAAAAAGAACUUUCUCAACGUAUAUCACAAACAUAUACAUUGGGAGCAUUUAGUAAUGUAAAUCCCACGCAAACGCUACCAUAUGUAUCUCCAGUAUCAACACAAUUUGGUAAACAAUCGAUAGCAACUCCUCGUCAUCCAAGAUAUACUCUUCGUCUUGAUGAUCAAUUUUCAGUAGGAAUACGAUCAAAUGCAAUUACACAUGAUAAAUAUCAUUUAGGAGUCUUAUUACAUAUUGAAAAUAUCUAUCGAGAUAUUUUAUAUCUUGAUAAGAACAUAUCAACAACUGUUAUGUCAUCAAAACAAUUACUUGAUUCAAUUAUUGAUCGAUAUUUAAAUCAUCCGAAUUAUUUAUUUGCUGAUAUGUUUGGUCAAUUUAUUAAAGGUCAAAUUAUACUCGAACGUUUAUAUUCACAUUUAAUUGCAUCAACAACAAAUCAUCUUGAACUAAUACUUAUACGUCUUUAUGGAUCAUUAUCUUAUAUGAUACGUCAAUCGCCAACAUCAUUUCAUAUUGACCGUAGUGUUAUGAAUAUAAUUAGUCUUAUACAACAACAAAUCGAUUUAAAAAAAACAUCAUUUGAACAAUUAUUAACUCAAGUAUACAUUUAUUAUAAUGAAAAAAUCAAACCAAAAAUUCUUGAAUUUGAUACUGCUCCAUCAUCAAGUCCAUUUUCCGAUCCAAUAUUAUUUACAACUUCUCAUUCUGUAACUAUUUUAAUUGAAUUAUUAUUAAUAUUGGAACGACAAUGUUAUUUACUAUCGAAUAUAAAUUCAUCGAAAUUAUCAAUACAAAAAUCACAACCACAAUUAUCUGAAAAUAUUCAUUUGUUGCUUAAUGAACUUUGUCAAGGGCUUAUUGCUUGUUCAUCACCUAAAAAGAUAUUUAAACCUUAUACACAAAUACAACAAAAACAAUUUAAUUUACUUUGUAAAUUUCUUCGUAUACAAACAACACAACAAAUUUAUGCAAGUUUAGAACCAAAACUUAUCUAUUGUUGCAUUAAAGAUAAAUAA